AGUUCCUGUCGAUAAAUUGGAUAUGUCGGGCAACAAAUUAACGACGAUUUCCAGCCUGGACAAAAAUUUGACGAGACUUACGUAUCUGAAUCUGGCUAACAACUAUAUAAAUAAUCUACAGUGGAAUGCCCUUAAAGGCUUCAAGGCUCUUCAGAACUUAAACUUGGCCAACAACUCGAUUAACAGCUGGGCAGAUAUUAUCAAAGAAGGCUCCUUUAGUCAUGCCCCAAAUCUGAGGUAUCUCAGCCUACGUGGCAAUAAUUUAACCAGCUUAGGCUGUGACCGAGUUUUGAUAAGCGAAACAGUAUCUGAAUUGGAUGUUUCAUCGGCAAACAUUAGCACUGUGAACGUAAAUUUGAGAGAUCAGCUGCCAAUGCUCAAUAUCUUGCAUAUGGCCAAUAAUAACUUGUCGCAACUGAAUCAAUUUCCCCCAAUUCCCCUAAAAAAACUUGAUCUUAGUAAUUGUAGCCUACGACAAAUUAAUUUGGACUCUAUUUCAGAUAGUCUGCUUACAUUAAAUAUAUCAUUUAAUCCGGCACUGCAGCUUAACUUCAGUGAAACGCAUUUCAAUUACCUGAAGACUCUAGACUUAUCCUACUGCAAACUCGAUAAGAUAGAUCUCAGUAACCUCUCGAGUGUCAGGGAAUUGAGUCUGCGGGGCAACUCUUUAGAAUCCUCUAAUGCAAUAUCCUUUUCUAGUGAUUCAAGUUUAGAAUCCUUGGAUCUGUCUGAAAAUAGUCUACGCGUUAUAGGCAACAAUAGCUUUAGUUCGUUAAAGCUACUCACGCAUUUAAAUUUGUCUAACAAUCAGAUUAAACAAUUGGAUGAAACCAUGAUAGAACCAAAUAGAUACCUAGCUUACCUAGACUUAAGUCACAAUAAUAUUCAGAAGCUGACGAAGAUCAACUCCGCAAAUUUGUUGAGCCUCAAUCUGAGCUGGUGUAAUAUCACAACAAUUGAGAGCAAUGCCUUAUCAAGACAUGGAAAUAUCUGGUCAUUAGAUCUUUCUCAAAAUUCGUUUACUGAAAUUCCCAAUGAUUGGAAAUCUGAUACUCUGAAGUAUCUGAAUUUGUCCAACUGCAUGCUUUCCACCAUUGGAAACAAUAGUCUCCAGGGAUUUGGACAACUGGCAAAUUUACAUUUGAAUGGCAAUCGGUUCACGAAUCCCAUCAACCCUUCCUGUUUUCGGAAUAAUCGAAUUCCGGAACAAAUCGAGUUAGGUGAUAAUCCCUGGACUUGCAAUUGCCAAGAUCCAAUAUUCCUUGAAUUCCGUAAAUUCGUCACAGCUAAUCAAUUAAAAGUAAUGGAUAAGCAACAUUUGCUCUGCAAUAAAACCGGAAUCAACCAUGAAAAGAAGUUCGUGGAUGUCUGCAUCAGCAUCCCUGAGGAAAAAUCGAAUGUCUGGUCAACAAUAAUGCUCACCAUUUUGGUCAUCUCUUUUCUGGCCCUUUUCUGUUGGUAUUACCUGAAAGUAACACGUAAUCCAAGACACCGCAACUAUCGCAGAGGAAACUGGGAAAGUUAUAAUGAACUAAAUUGCCCAUUGGAUCCAAGUAAUUAAAUUUUGCUGGAAACAUCGUCAACAACUCUGCAGUAAGCCAAAGAGACAAGAACUUCAGCCAAAGAAUGACACAAAUCUUCCUUUCAAAUGGGUCAACAUAGUACCCCAUAAUGCCAAAUGUUCCUAGCGAUCCCAAUUAUGAAGAUCCACUAAAAGCUCGUAUCAAAAUUCGAAUAAUGCAUUACUUUAAAUUUAAUUUUUAAAUUCAUUCAAAUAAAAUUUAAUUAAAAGAUUUAUACCUAAAUAAACAACAAAGUUGACAUGUAAUAUUUAUUAAGUCCAAACUAACUGCCAUUGAGAACACAGAUCCAAUUUCCAUCAGGAAUAUUUUUAUGAUUAUGAUAUAAUAAUAUGUCGUACGAAAAUUGACUGUUUGAUUGAUUGACAAACUACUUUAAUAAAACUUCAAAAGCAAACUUUGAU